GCGCCUGCGCAGUGGGGAGCGGUUCGCGGCUAGGUUUUGGUGCUGGCUGCAGUCUCGGUCUGAAGGCGGCCGGCUUGAGCGCCUGUCUCCACGAAGAUGAGGCUUCUGCUGCUUGUCCUGGUGGCGGCGUCGGCGGUGGUCCGCAGCGAGGCCUCUGCCAACCUGGGCGGCGUGCCCAGCAAGAGAUUAAAGAUGCAGUACGCCACGGGGCCGCUGCUCAAGUUCCAGAUUUGUGUAUCCUGAGGGUACAGGCGGGUGUUUGAGGAAUACAUGCGGGUUAUUAGCCAGCGGUACCCAGACAUCCGCAUCGAAGGAGAGAAUUACCUCCCUCAACCAAUUUAUAGACAUAUAGCAUCUUUCCUGUCAGUCUUCAAACUAGUAUUAAUAGGCUUAAUAAUUGUUGGCAAGGAUCCUUUUGCUUUUCUCGGCAUGCAAGCUCCUAGCAUCUGGCAGUGGGGCCAAGAAAAUAAGGUUUAUGCAUGUAUGAUGGUUUUCUUCUUGAGCAACAUGAUUGAGAACCAAUGUAUGUCGACGGGUGCAUUUGAGAUCACAUUAAAUGAUGUGCCGGUAUGGUCUAAGCUGGAAUCUGGUCAUCUUCCAUCCAUGCAACAACUUGUCCAAAUUCUUGACAAUGAAAUGAAACUCAAUGUGCACAUGGACUCAAUACCACAUCAUCGAUCAUAGCCCUACCUAUCAGCACUGAAAACUAUUUUACACUAAGGGAUUUUGCAAGAGCAGCGUGACUGACAUUAUGAAGGCCUGUACUGAAGACAGCAAGCUGUUAGUACAGACCAGAUGUCUCUUGGCAGGCUCGUUGUACCUCUUGGAAAACCUCAGUGCAAGACAGUUUUUCCAUUGCUGGCACAUGCCGAAUUGUGCACAGCCGUGGCGUGCAAUGAUGCUGUGUAGCUUUCCCAAGCCCACCGUUAACUGUUUGUUCUUCUUGACGUGGCAUUACUACUUGUAACUCUUUUCUUGGUCAUGUUUGAGAAAAUACACAAUUGAGUUACAACUUGAGUUUUUUUCAAGAUGUGUGUUAAACUUGUGUUUUUAUAUGAAUUUUCAUUUUUUUUAUAGUUUUAACGUCAGUUUUCUUGGAAACACCUGAAGUUCCCAACUAAUUUAUAAAAGUUUAUCGGAUAGCUCUAAUUUGGUCAUGCUUAAUAUAUAGUUUUCAAAACACUGCAGAUUGUGAGCAGUAAAUUAUACAGGAUGAUGGGAGGAAAUCCAAUAUCCAGAGUGCUCUACCGUGUGUGUGUGUGUGUGUGUGUGUGUGCACAUGUGCACUCUUGUGCUUGUGGGGGGGGGUGUGUAUGAGUGAAUUAUUAUCAGGAACAACAAAACCAACUGCUUUUAAAAUCCCAUUGUGUAGUUCAGAUGUCUUGCCUUGACCAAUCUAAUGAAUUGAUUAAUGGGCCUUUAUACUAAACUAAAAAUCUGAGCAGAUGUAAGUUAAACAAAAGUUUGUUGCUUAGUAUACCUGUUAGCAUUAUUUUUAAUACCAUCUGCCUAAUGCUUUGUUUUGGCUUACAGAUAUUCUCAUAAAGGACAUACUUUAGAUUCACACACCAGUUAUGAGCUAAUUUACUGUUUUUAGAACAGUUGAAACUCACCUCACUAAAGAAAAAUUCAGUGAAACCUCUUUACAAAGUAUGUAUUAUGUAAACGGAUCAUUUGUCUAGUAAUUGAAUCACCUUAACAUCAUAUAUCAGAAUUUUAUUGUAUUGAAAGACAAAAUUAAAAAUAUUUUUAAUGUU